UGAUGGAGCGGCCCGGCACGGCAUCCAACCAUCCCGCAUGCCGCUGACAGUACGGGAACCCUGCAGCCAGCGUAGCUCUCUCCCCACCGUCGGCAAUGCAGGUGUCAAGAGCAGGAAAGACAUGGCUGACACAGAAAAGCUGGGAAAACAAGGAUGGUACAUGACAGACAAUGGCCUUAAGAAGCUCUGCAGCGGAAACAAGCUAUCAGAGGCAGAAGUGAUAAAGGUGGCCAUGGAUGUCUCGAUCGAGGGCGUUGUCCAGAUUCAGAAGGUACGAAACGUCUCGGCCCCCAAGGCAAAUGAGGAGAGCCAGGGCGCGCCACGGCUGCUCAGGGUCACACUCAGUGACGGCAACAGCACGGUAACGGCGCUCGAGGUGGGUCAGUGGAGCCGGCUCGGCCUGAAAAGCGCCCCGGGCACGAAGCUGCGCCUUCGCCAGCCGGUGCCUGUGUGCAGCGGGUUUCUGCUGGUGUCGGACGCGGCGCUGCAUGUGCUCGGCGGCCAUGUGCCGCUACUGGUGGACAAGUGGCUCAUGUCCAAGGCGUUCGCGUCUCAGGAUCUGCGGCCAGCCAGCGGCGCUGCCGGCGGGCCGCCGCCCUGGGUCCCCUUCGGCAAGAGCAUCUCGACGGCGCACAAGGCCGAACAUAACUUCAAGUCACUGGCGGGCGGGGAGGAGGUGCCGGUGGACGCCGAGUUCGAGGCGCAGCGGCGCGCGCAGGUCGCCCAGCUGGCCUACGUCGGCCGAAAACAGUUCGGCGGCGGCACCAAACAGAUGACUGACGGCAACCUGCAGACGCUGAUGGGUGCCGGCUUCAGCCAGGAGGAGUCCGAGGCCGCGCUCAAGUACACCUGCAACGACGUGGGUCGUGCCCUGCAUAACCUGCAGCGGUUCCGCGCACGCCAGGAGGGCCGCGACGGCGCUGACGGCGACACGGACCGCGGCCGCGGCCGCGGGCGGGGCGGCGGCCGGGGCCGCGGCGGCCGGUUCGACGACGGCGAGCCGCCACCUGCCGAGCACCGGUACUCGGAAGAGGAGAUGUGCCUCGCGAAGUACUGGGAGGACGGACAGAUGUACCUGGCUUGUGUGAUAUCUGAGGGCGACCAGACCUGUGUGGUGAAUUUCGUCGACUACGGCGAACACUACGAGGAGGUGCACCUGUCUAAUAUGCGACCUCUGGGCUUUGAGUCGGAGGCGAAGGAGGAGCCGGCCCGCCAGCCCCUCUCGCGGCCCACCUACGACGAGGAGCCAGAGGAGACAUCUGCCCUCUUCAGUCACGGGCUAUAG